AUGGCAGAACUGAUGAAGAAGGAUGCUGAGGCUCCUUUAUACUGGAUUGACAGACUCCUUCCAAGAUAUGGACCUCACUGGAAGCGGGCUGGUAUUUAUGACGUCAUACUUCUAUCCAAGCAAUCUGUCAAUAGAGAUGAGAACUUGCUUGCUGUUGCCCUGUGUGUCUGGAAUUCUGCCAGUAACACUUUCGACUUUCGCAUAGGCCCCAUGGCUCCAACUCUGUUGGACAUGGCUCAGAUUUUCGGGUUCAGGCCCCAUGGAAGACCUGUUCAUGUUGUUGGUGAUUAUCACAGGAGGAAGAACCAGCAGAAACUAACCAAGCCAUUCACCAUUUCUCCAGCCCUUAUUAACCAGAACUGCUCCUUCUCCAAUUAUCUCAGGAAAUUCAGUGCUGAGAAGGACAAGGACCAAUAG